UCUAUAGAGAGUGGUCGUCGCUCUCAUUCUCCCUGAAUUUUGGUAUUUGAACAGAAUUAAUACAUUGUGAAUGCUUUUGUGCAUCAUUGUUGAGUUUAUAAUCAUCAGAAUAUUCGAGUCGUGUUAUUGAUGACAUGGAUAAGGAAACCGCCAUCAAAGCAAGAAUCGAGAAGCUGAGGCAGGAAAUUUACGCCAAACACUUGACUAAAUACGAUAUCCUCGAAAUGGAAAUGACACUCAUGUGGCCGGAGAGGGUGCAGCGGCUUGCGCCAGACCUCUUAGUUCCAUUGAGUUUUCACAAACUUCACUACGUCCUCGAACUGGUCUUGCAGAAACCGACCUACAGUAUCCUUAUCCCACUCUCCCGCAUGCUGAUCGCCAUCCUCGAAGGAAGCAUCGAACGAAUUCAAAACCCUAAACAUCCUGUAAAACUUUCCCCAGCCAUCGCCAAGCACAUAAGAAAACUUGUAUCAACCAUCAAUAUCAUCUUGGAAAUCAUCUGUCUUCCGAAACAUUGCGAUGGCGAGGUGGUUCAACACACAAAUCAAGUUGUUGUGUUUUGUUCACUUUUCAGAGAUGUUCUUAACGACAGCAUUUACAAAAAUUCAUUCAAAAACGAGAAGCUAAGAUUAAAUGCCACUUUUCACAGCAAUUUCUUGAUCCACAAGCUCAUCUCAAGCUUUGUUUUUGCUUCAAUGGUGAGAGGCGUUUUUGAAAAAGUUGGUGAGACGCUGCCUGUGAGGCGCUGCCGGACUGUCCAAGAGCUGGUGGAGUCGAGCGUAGCGACGGACUGCGCCAUCUGUGCAGACAAGAUGGCGACCACUGCUGACUACGCCUUGUUGUCCAGCUGCAUGCAUACCUUCUGUCUUCCAUGCUCCAAAGGGUGGUUCACUGACCAUUACUCCUGUCCAAUUUGCCGAGCGCAGAACUGCUUCUGGAUCAGCAAGACAGAACUGGAAGAGUACCAAAAGUUUUGUACGGAUAAUAUGAUAGAGAAAUUAAAAGAUAUCUCGGAGUACCCUGACACCAAGGACCUUCUAAACUGGAUUUUCCACGCGAGAUAAUUCCGUGUGUUUUAUGUUUCUUUUCGACAACAACAUGGAAUGCUGUUUGAAAUGAAAACUAACUUCAAUUGCACAGGGACGCCGAUAUUUGUUAAAUAUAAGAUAUGCUAUUUAUGGCUCUACUGACGUUACGUCAUAUUUUAAGCUUAGUUAUAAUUUGUCAUU